AGAACAUCGUCGAGGCUCUCUGGGGACAAUAGAGACACAUAACCAGCCGACCGACUUCCUCUCACCGAGUUUUCACUUUCCUUCGGAAAUAAGACAAUUUACACGAUGCUGCCGAUAACAAAGCGGAAACCGGAUGACAUUCCCAAACGACGGAGUUUUGGAAAAACCACAAUUUACACCUGCUCCAAUUGCCAAUACAAAAGUAAUCGACAAUUCAAUGUAGAUAGACACAAGCAGAGGAUCCACGUGACCCACAAGAUACGCCACUGUUGCGGGAAACAAUUCUUCACCAAGGGAAGCUAUUAUGUCCACUGCGAAAAAAGCCAUCCUCACAGCCGGUUGCACUCGAUCACAUCUCGAAGCAAAUACAAAAUCACCCACGAAUCGGUUACAAGGACUGACGACGAAGAAGCCGAUCACUCGCACGCUGAUUACGAAAGCAAACCCUCGUACGAAGUGCAAUUCGAGCGGAGAUACUCGGAGAGGGUCCGACUAAGGAAAAAAAAGGCAGUAGAAUCCGAAGUGAGCUUAAGCUACUCGUUCACGUACAGCGACGUCGACAUGGAGAACAUGCCCCUGAUAAGUUUCCUCACCGAUCGGAGGCUGAAACAGUACCUGAAAAGACUAACGGAGUCGCAGUUGGCGAGCAACAAUAACAAGAAAUCAGAAGAUACAAGUCGUACCCUAAACUUCGCCAUCUCGUCGCAGCAGGACAUGGAAAAGGCGCGGCCCGAAGAUGGCGAAUUGAACGUUAAAGACGUUUCCGAUUCGACUGUUGCCGCGAUUUCGCAGGAAUUGCCGGUGAAGAAGCUUAUUUUGCACCGGUUCAGAACGAACGUUACCCGGAAAUUCGGGACACCGUUAUGGGAGCAAAAUAAUAAUGUCUCUAGCCAAGUGAGUUUCGCGGAGAAUCGAAGCAACGACUCGAACCCGGUGCGGCAGAGUCACGCGAAAGCGUCAAUGCGAUGGUUGGACAAGGAGAACGUGUCGACGUUCUCGUUCAGCAUGGAACAGCUUCAUAUAGAGCUGGACAGGGGUAUCGCGGUCCCGGAUGUCUCCCAAGUACACCGAGACUUUCUGGAGGCGAUUGAUUUUGAUAAGUAUAGGAUAUUUUAA